CUUAAAAUACUUAGUAUGGGAGACUCAAAUUCUGGAAAGAGCUGUCUUGUCAAGAGAUAUUGCGAAGGAAGGUUUAUAUUGGAAUAUGUAGCAACAAUUGGAAUUGAUUUUGGAGUCAAGGCUAUCCAGUGCAAUGACAAAGAAAUCAAGGUCAAUUUUUGGGAUGUCGGGGGAGACCCACUAUAUUUUGAUAUACGCAAUGAGUUUUACAAGGAUACACAUGGAGCUAUGCUGACGAUUGAUGUAUCCAGUCGUAUAGGAUUUGAAAAUAUUGAAACUUGGAUUACAGAGCUACGAGACUACGCUAAUACAAAUGUUGUAUUGUAUCUCGUGGCUACUAAAACAGAUAUCCAGCCUCGUCUUGUCGAAACAUCAGAGUGCGAGUCAAAAGCAAAAGAGAUUGGAGCAAAGUAUUUUGAAACAUCAUCAUUAACUGGUCAGGGUGUAUCGGAGAUGUUUGAUGACUUG